UUAAGUUCCUGUUUCAUUUUUUACUUUUUUAUUUUGAGAUUUAUCAAAAGAUAUUAUAUAUAUUUAGAAAAGAAAUGGAAAUUUGGGGAUCAGGUUGUAAUAUUUUUGGUCAAUUAGCAAAACAUGAACAACCUUAUUUAUUUGAAUUAAAACUGAUUCAGCAAGUUGAUAAAGGAAAUAUUGAUAUUAUAUUUAAUGGGUGGUCUGAAAUAUUAUAUUCUAUUAAUGGAUGUUUAAAACUAUUGGGUUUUAGAGCGGACGAUAUAGAUAUUUAUUUCCCAGAUUCUAUUCUUUGUGUGUUUGGAACAAUUGAGAUUUCAGGGAUUGUUGACUCUGAAUUUAAUUUAAGAGAUUUAAAAGGAAAUAUUUUACAAAAGGGUAUUGGAAUUGUAGUGGAGGCAGGAAAUGGACAAUUUGUAGGGACAGAUUAUAGUUAUAAGAAUCUGAUAUUUUUUGAUACCAAAGAUAGAAGAUUUGAUAUUUGUAAUAUUUUUCCUUUGAAGUUAAAAGAUGAAAAUUCUAAAAUUCUUCAAAUAUCAGCAGGUGCAUCUCAUUUUGCUUUAUUAUUAUCAGAUGGAGAAGUUUAUACAUGGGGAGACAAUAUAUAUGGGCAAUUAGGGAGGGAGACUAGUGAUGAUCUUGAAUCUAAUAUAAUUCCUACUAUCGUAAGCGCCUUACAAGGUCUUAAAAUUCAAAAAAUUGCAGCAGGAGGUUGGAUGACAGGUGCACAAAGUGCAGAUAAUGACUUAUAUAUUUGUGGCUGGCUAAAACUAGGAAAAAUAGUUAACACUUCUGACAAUAAAUCAGAAUUUAAUUUAGUGGACUUAGGGGAAAAUGUUGAUAUAUUGGAUUUUGGAAUAGGAUCUGAACAUAUCGUUGUAUUAACAACGAAUGGUAUAUAUUCACUAGGAAAAGAAGGGGAAAAUUGUUUAUCAUAUUCAAAUCUAAUAUGGAUUCAAAUCCCACAAUUUUCUAAUAAAAAGAUAACACAUGUUUUUUGUAGUCAAUGGAAUACCUUAUUGAUAGCGCAUGAUGAAUCUACGAUUGAAAAAGAUAAUCUUCAAAGUUGACAACGUUCUGCAUCUAAAACUGUUAUACGAAUAACUGAUUUAAGGAAAACCCGUUCUUUUAUUUCCUUGUAAGGAAUAAUAUAUUCUGUAUUUUCUAUUAAAUUUAAAUCAAAUGACCCAUAGCCUUCUUUAAUAAUAGCCAUAACUUUUUUUGGAGAAAGUUCGUGAGAUUUGUAUUUUUUUAAAAGGUUUUCAUAAUAUUCAGAAAUUAAAAGAAUAGUUUUAGCUGAAGC